GUUUUCUUUCAUGUAGUACUUAACUAGACCUGUGUAUAUUUAUCAUUACAUAAAUAUAUCAAUAACGAAAACAUGGUUACAUAUUGAUAGUAUAAUUAAUAACUUUAAGUGUGCUUUAACUUAUACGAGAACAUCGAACUAUGGAUAACUAUUUGUGUUUAAAUCACAUCAUAUGUUGGAUCAUAUUGACGAGUUCCCUUACCAUCGAAGGUGCAAGGAAAUAUUCAGCCCCUGGUAGGACAUCUACAUCAAGAUGUGGCUUGGGACCAACGCGAUACUUAGCGGCACCAGAAAUUAACCCAGGAGAGGGGGACAUUUGUAACUAUUUUGCAUGUGAGCGUGGUAUAUACCGUUUAAAGUCAUGUCCUAAAGGAUUUGGAGUCCAUAGAAAAUUCAUGAAAAUUGGGCGACGGGGAAUAGCUCAAAAUACCUUUCCAUGUAUUAUUAGAACGAGCGCAUGUAAGAGGACCGUUUUGAAUGAUAUAGUAUCGGGUAAGAACAUGCUUGCUGCAGGGACUAAUUCUUCUAAUACUUCUUCUUCCACUAACACUUUGGACAAGAUUCCAUUUAUACCAAAGGUUGCAUUCUGUGGCAUUGAUCUGGCAAUUGCUGUUGAUAUAUCGUGCAGUAUUGCAAUAGAAGACAAAAUCCUUGUUAAGAAGUUUGUGACAGAUCUAAUCAAAAGGCUGAAGAUAGGAACUGGCUUUGUAAAAGUAGCAGGAUUAACAUUUGGGUCCGAAGUUUUCCCGAUUCAGUUCUUCGAUGAAUCAAGAUCGACGCAAGCGACAAAUUACAACUUUGAAAGGAUGAAACUCGUGGACAAAAGGUGCCGAACGCAUACAGACGAGGCUAUGGAACUCAUACGAGAUCAUAUCUUUACUAAAGCUCGUGGGGACCGACCUGAUAAGAAAAACUUCUUAAUUUUGACGUCGGAUGGAAAUACAUAUCAUGGUAGAACCUCUGACAAUAGCAUGUAUAAAGAAAGGACAAAAGCAGCAGGUCGGGAUAUACGUGCUAAGGGAACAGAAACAUUUGUCGUCGGACUUCCGACUAAAAAGAAAGGGAAAAUAACGGGUAUGGAUGAAUGGAUGGAAAUCGGUGGCGACGAAAAUCACGUAUUUCUCUUGGAAUCAUUUAAUCAACUCAGUGCAAAGAUUGACGAAUUGAUUUCAGCAUCGUGUAAAGAUUCAGAGUUUAAUUUCUGGGAUCGAUAGUACAAUCAAAAUUCAUACUUGUAAUGUAUUAUUAUAGAUACUGCAAAGAAUUGUCCUGUUAUUACAUGUACAACUCCAACCAAAUUCUAAAAGUUCUCAUGAAAUUCUAAGCUGAUCAUGAUUUAGAUCUGACCUACUUUUCAAAGGCAAACAUUAUACCCAUGAGUUUUACAUAUGUUGAGAAUCCAAAUUUCCGAGACGGAAAACGCCUUCAAUGUUUCAAAUUAAACAACAUAUGAUAAAACCAAAGACUUGAUAUAGCUGUAAUAUCAGUUAAGCAACCAAGGGCAAUCUCCUUUACGUAAUGCAACAUUGCUCUGAGAAUAAUUCCCUCGAUCUAAAUUCACACCUCCAAAUCUCAGAGGUCCCAUGUAAAGUUUGAAAAUAUGUUUUUAUCAUUCAUUUACUAUUUUCUCAAAUAUUCUUUUUCGCCUUUUUCUGAAAAAAUUGUCAUCAUCAAAUAUUACACUAUACAUAACAGUACCCACACAUUAUCUAAACUAUUGCGAAGAAUGAACAUAAUAUUAUUAUUUCAUUAAAUGUAUGUCAUAUUUAAUGUGUGUCUUAACAUAUAAAAACAUAAUCUUCAUUUUUUGAAAAAAAAUAUAUGUCAACCUUUCUAAAUAAGCUUCUUAGUUAUUUCUCGACACAAGACGUCAGGAUGAAUGCUACAAAUUAGUGUGAAUUAAAGCUUAUAAACGUUAUACGCGACCUCUAAAAUUCAGUUUCUAUAUAUUCAUGAUUUUUCGAUCGAAAAGUCUUUCAAAAAUUACUUUUUUGAAAUCAAAAAGAAUUUGCAUGUCACUUCUCUU